UGAACUAAAUUUCAACAUAUGAGAACAGGCCCUAACUCGUGAGUGUGUGACGAUUUGUUAAUGAAUUUAUUUUUACUUUCGUAAAAUAAAUCUUUUUUUUUUUUGAAAGAAGGAAAAAAAAAGAAAAAAAAAACUUUUAAUUCGCUUAAAAAAAUCAAGUGAAAAGUCUAAAUUGUCCCCAAAUGUUAAAAAAAAAAUCAGCGAACCCACCGGCCACCUCUUCUCUUUCUCCCUUCUCAACUUCCACACCAUUCCCAACUUCUCGAUCGAUCAACCUAGGGUUUUUUUCUUUGAUCAAUUCCCAAUUUCCAGCUUCAAAUUCCAAUCAAAUGAACUAGGGUUUCUAGAAUUGACACAAAAAUGGUGGCAAAUCAGCAAGAACAAAUCAGCAAUUACUUCCUCGAGCAAGCGAAACUGAGCGCAUCUUCAAGCGAAGAACUCGACAAUGAAAACGAAGCAAUUCCGACGGAAUUGAACACCAUUAACAGCUCCGGCGGAUUCUUGGUGGUUUCGACUGAUAAACUGUCGGUUGAAUAUACAGGUGUUAAUUUGCACGGCCACGAUGUCGGUGUUAUUCAAGCGAAUCACCCUGCUCCGGUGAAACGACUCAUGUAUUACUUCGAAAUGAAGGUGAUUAACGCUGGUGCUAAAGGUCAGAUUGCUAUUGGUUUCACUACUGAUAGCUUCAAGAUGCGCCGACAACCUGGGUGGGAAGCAAACAGUUAUGGUUAUCAUGGAGAUGAUGGAUUGCUGUAUCGUGGUCAUGGAAAAGGAGAGACGUUUGGCCCUAGCUUCACUACUGGUGAUACAGUUGGUGGAGGAAUCAAUUAUGCUUCUCAAGAAGUCUUUUUUACCAAAAAUGGGAUUGUUGUGGGAACGGUGUACAAAGAUGUGAAGAGUCAACUGUUUCCUACGGUAGCUGUUCACAGCCAGCGUGAAGAGGUUAUUGUGAACUUUGGGAAAGAACCUUUUCUCUUUGAUAUCAAGGCUUAUGAAGCGCAGGAAAGGUUGAAGCAGCAAAGCAUGAUCGAAAAGAUAUCUCUGCCGCAGAAUGUUAGUUAUGGAAUUGUCCGCUCAUACUUGCUACACUAUGGCUAUGAAGACACACUUAACGUGUUUGACAUGGCCACUAGUACUUCAAUUCCACCCAUCAGUUUAUCUCAACAAAAUGGAUUUAUUGAGCAAGACGACAUGUAUGCACUCAACCAGAGGAAGACUCUUCGCCAGUUGAUCAGAACAGGGAAGAUUGAUGCUGCAUUUGAUAAACUUCGUGACUGGUAUCCUCAGACUAUCCUGGAUGACAACUCUCCCAUUUGUUUUCUGCUUCAUUCUCAAAAGUUCAUAGAAUUGGUUCGGGUUGGGAAGCUGGAAGAUGCUGUCAAAUACGGAAGGGUAGAGCUGGCCAAAUUUUUUGGUCAAGAAGAAUAUAAGGAACUUGUUCGGGAAUGUGUUGCCUUGUUGGCCUACGAAGAACCCUUGAAUUCUCCAGUUGGACAUCUUCUCAAAGAAUCACAACGAGAAGUUGUUGCUGACGCAGUGAAUGCCAUGAUCUUGUCAACUAAUCCUGGCCUGAAAGAUUCAUUGAGUUGCUUGCAUUCACAGCUUGAAAAGUUGCUAAGGCAGCUAUCUGCUUGCUGCUUGGAAAGACGAUCUUUAAACGGAGAUCAAGGUGAAGCUUUCCAUCUGCAUCGGGUGUUAACCAGCAGUAAAAUGGAGAAGCAUUAGAUUUAAGAAUAAAGAUCUUGUUUAUAGUCUCAAAAUCCUGAUGCUGAUUUACUGAUGGGUGCUACGAGUGGGAAUUUGAAAUUGGCAUUAGGGAUAGCAGUGGACUUGUGAUAGAGUCUUAGCCUUGGGCUAGGGAAACAAUCCUACACUUGUUCCACUUCGCUGCUACUUUGUAAAGUUGUUACCAUAAUAUUGAUCUAAUUUUUUUCAUUGGUUAUCAAUAUACAUCUUGUUGAAUUUCACAAUCAAAUGUAGAAGGCAAAUGUGCAAUGAAUGAAUAUUUUCUUUUGAUCA